ACUCACGUACAAAUUGGUCUGCUGAUUUUCUACAUCGAUCUCCACCGGAUUCACUACACCAUUUCAAGACCUCUACCACCGCCAUCGCCAUCGCCUGUGAAGAGAAGAGAAGAACAACUGAAGAUCAAUACUAUCUGAGCAUCCUUAGCUACAGGGCAAUUGCCCAUGGCGGACUCUUCUGGGACAACCUUGAUGGAUCUGAUUACUUCAGAUCCUUCGCCUGCGGCAGCGUCUGCCUCUCAGCCAUCUUCUUCUUCAUCGUCAUCUUCUGCAGCGGCAUCGGCUCCAAUUACUGGGAAACAAAGUCAUACGGAGAAGAAGUCGAAAAGGGCGACUUUAAUGCAGAUCCAGAGUGACACCAUUUCUGCUGCUAAAGCUGCCUUGAAUCCGGUUCGAGCCAAUAUAAUGCCUCAGAAGCAAAAGAGAAAGCCUGUUUCUUAUGCACAACUUGCAAGGAGUAUUCAUGAACUUGCAGCUACAUCUGAUCAGAAAAGCUCCCAGAAACAAUUGGUCCAUCAUGUGUUCCCAAAACUUGCAGUAUACAAUUCAGUGGACCCAUCUUUGGCGCCUUCUCUUCUCAUGCUUGGGCAGCAAUGUGAGGACAGAACUGUUCUACGAUAUGUGUACUAUUAUUUGGCAAGAAUUCUGUUAGAUACUGGUUCACAAGCACUAAGUUCUGGAGGUGGGAUUCCUACACCGAACUGGGAUGCAUUAGCUGACAUUGAUGCAGUUGGAGGGGUGACUAGAGCCGAUGUCGUUCCUCGGGUGGUGGAUCGUCUUGCAUCUGAGGCUGCAAAUGAAGAUGUUGAAUUUCAUGCUCGAAGGUUACAAGCACUGAAAGCUCUCACAUACUCUCCUUCAAGCAACUAUGAGAUCUUGUCCAAAUUGUACGAAAUAGUGUUUGGUAUUCUUGAAAAGGUUGGUGAUGUACAACCGAAAAAGAAAGGUAUAUUUGGGACUAAAGGCGCAGAUAAAGAGUCUAUCAUCCGAAGUAACUUGCAAUAUGCUGCUCUGAGUGCUUUGAGAAGGCUUCCUCUGGAUCCUGGAAAUCCAGUUUUUCUACAUCGUGCUGUUCAAGGAGUUUCCUUUUCCGACCCAGUCGCUGUUAGACAUGCUUUGGAGCUUCUGUCUGAUUUGGCUACCAAAGACCCUUAUGGAGUAGCAAUGUCACUAGGAAAGCUAGUACAGCCUGGAGGAGCUUUACAGGAUGUUCUACAUCUGCAUGACGUUCUUGCUAGAGUUGCACUAGCUCGGUUGUGCCAUUCAAUAUCAAGAGCUCGAUCACUAGAUGAGAGACCUGAUAUCAAGUCUCAGUUUAAUUCAAUACUAUAUCAGCUCCUCUUGGAUCCCAGUGAAAGAGUCUGUUUCGAAGCAACUCAGUGUGUACUAGGAAAAUUUGAUAACUCAGAGAGGACUGAAGAACGAGCUGCUGGAUGGUACCGUCUUACAAGAGAAAUCCUUAAAAUUCCAGAAGCACCAUCUGUAUCAGCAAAGGGAACUAAUGAUAAUUCGAAAGAGUCCCUUCCUCCAAAGCCUGGCAAGGAUAAAUCCCAAAAGAAUAGGCGCCCUCAACCUCUGAUCAAACUUGUACUCAGAAGGUUGGAGAGCUCUUUCCGUAGUUACUCCAGGCCUGUUCUCCAUGCAGCGGCAAGAGUUGUGCAGGAGAUGGGUAAAAGUCGUGCUGCAGCUUUUUCUCUAGGCUUACAAGAUAUUGAUGAAGGGGCAAAUAUUCCUGAAAACAACGACGUGGUUGACGAAUAUGAAAAUCCAUUAGCCGAAGGCAAUCAAAAAGUUCCUUCUGUAUCAAGCGGAACAGGCAGCAAGGACACAAUUGCAAGCUUAUUAGCUUCAUUGAUGGAAAUGGUGCGCACUACUGUUGCUUGUGAAUGUGUCUAUGUUCGGGCGAUGGUAAUUAAGGCACUGAUCUGGAUGCAAAGUCCCUAUGAAUUAUUUGAUGAACUUGAGUCCAUCAUCGCUUCAGAACUUUCAGAUCCAUCUUGGCCAGCACCUUUGCUAAAUGAUAUUCUGUUGACGCUACAUGCCCGGUUUAAGGCUACUCCAGAUAUGGCUGUCACUCUUCUGGAAAUUGCAAGAAUAUUUGCAACUAAAGUUCCAGGGAAGAUUGACGCAGAUGUCCUUCAACUACUUUGGAAAACAUGUCUUGUUGGUGCUGGUCCUGAUGGAAAGCAUACUGCUCUUGAAGCAGUCACAUUAGUCCUUGAUUUACCUCCUCCUCAGCCUGAGUCAAUGUCAGGAUUUACGGCUGUCAAUAGUGUAUCUGCAUCUGAUCCUAAGUCAGCUCUGGCACUACAACGGCUAGUCCAAGCAGCAGUUUGGUUCCUAGGAGAAAAUGCAAAUUAUGCAGCCUCUGAAUAUGCUUGGGAAUCUGCAACCCCCCCUGGUACCGCACUUAUGAUGCUAGAUGCAGAUAAAAUGGUUGCUGCUGCCAGUUCUCGUAAUCCAACUCUUUCUGGUGCGUUGUCUAGACUCCAAAGAUGUGCUUUCAGUGGCAGCUGGGAGGUUCGGAUUAUCGCUGUUCAAGCCCUUACAACCAUGGCAAUUAGAUCUGGAGAGCCGUACAGACUUCAGAUCUACGAGUUCUUGCAUGUUUUGGCAGAGGGUGGUGUGCAGUCUCAAUUUUCAGAAAUGCAUAUUAGCAAUGGGGAAGAUCAAGGUGCUAGUGGUACAGGACUUGGAGCUCUGAUAGGUCCAAUGUUGAAGGUUCUUGAUGAAAUGUACAGUGGACAGGAUGAGCUGAUCAAGGAGAUGCGUAACCACGAUAAUGCUAAGAAAGAAUGGACAGAUGAUGAACUGAAGAAACUCUAUGAGACCCAUGAGAGGUUGCUAGACCUUGUUUCUCUGUUUUGCUAUGUCCCAAGGGCAAAGUAUCUUCCUCUAGGACCAACAAGUGCAAAACUGAUUGACAUCUAUCGCACCCGGCAUAACAUUAGUGCAUCAACUGGUAGCCUUAGUGAUCCAGCUGUUGCAACGGGAAUUUCUGAACUUCUUUAUGAAACUAAAGCAACUAAAGAAACCCCUACUGAAUCUGAUGGCCUUGAUGAUGAUCUUGUUAAUGCUUGGGCAACAAAUCUUGGAGAUGACGGCUUGUGGGGAAAGAAUGCUCCUGCUGUGAGUAGGGUAAAUGAAUUUCUUGCUGGUGCUGGUACUGAUGCUCCCGAUGUUGAAGAGAACAUUUUCUCCAGACCAUCCAUGAGUUAUGAUGAUAUGUGGGCAAAAACACUCUUAGAAACUAAUGAAGCUGAUGAAGAGGAUGGACGAUCCUCUGGAAGCUCUUCCCCAGGCUCAGCUGGAUCAAUCGAAACAUCCAUUUCUUCACAUUUUGGUGGAAUGAACUAUCCUUCAUUAUUCAGUGCCAAGCCCACGGCCUAUGGGUCUUCACAACCAGUGGAAAAGCCAGUAAGCAGAUAUUCCAGUGCAAGCUCAAUCUACGAGAGUCAUAGUUCUCCUAUAAAGGACGACCCUCCUUCAUACUCCUCCAAUCAUCAAAGAUACGAGUCGUUUGAGAAUCCCUUAGCUGGCAGUGGUUCGACUGGAUUUGGAUCUCAGGAUGAUGAACGACGACCUUCUUCAGGAGGUUCCCAGGUUGGAUCAGCACUUUAUGACUUCACUGCUGGUGGUGAUGAUGAGUUGAAUCUAACAGCUGGCGAAGAUGUUGAAAUUGAAUAUGAAGUGGAUGGCUGGUUUUAUGUGAAGAAAAAGCGACCUGGAAGAGAUGGGAAAAUGGCUGGGCUUGUACCUGUCCUUUAUGUUAGUCAGUCAUGAUAUUCAAUGGAGGUUAAAAUUCUCUUCUCAAAAUUCGGGUUCAUCAAGGUUUCAGCCUUAAAGAAAUCACUGAUUCAUUACCUCUCGGGCUUGUUUGUUUUGUGAUAUACAUCCCAGCUGGUUGGUAAUCAUUCUUGUUUGUAUCAUCAUGUUGAUAUCCUAGUACAUUUUUUAACUCGUUUUUGUAGCGAGGCACAGACAAGGGGAGCAGGUUUCUCUGCUUUAUGACUUCAUCAUACCCAUUAUUGGUCCUGACUGUUAUUCUUUAUGUCCAAUGAUUUUCUUUUCUUCUCUCGUAAAUUUGAGGUAGAACACGAUUAUUCAGGAAGGUUAUCAAUCCCUGUUUGGUUGAACUUGAGUUACACUAGUGUGGUCUAAUUCAUUUGUGGAUGGUGUUUAU